AUUCCAGAUUCUUAGCCAAGUUCUAGAAACAAACCGCUCAGGCAGGCACAAGCAGCUCCAGUGAGGAAGGAGGAAUCUGGGAUUAGGUCGGGAAGUACGUUCUGAGACCGACCUUCCUCUCCGAUGCGCGGUAAUUAAUCUGUCCGCGAAAGCAGUUAUUAUCGGCAUGGGGGUCUGGAAUCUUCUGGUCCCUCUUAUUUUCGUGGCCGCUACGACAGCAGGCCACGCCUUUCCUGCUCUCGCCGAAACGAAGCGGGAUGACGAGGCGGUAACCGGGGCAGAUCUGACGAGCUCGUUACACUCCAACAUUCUGGGAUGGAUUCACGGCCGUCAGCUAAACGGGAUCCAGCCGGUUUCCGUCAAGCGUAGCGUUUUCCGUCGGUUGCUCCAAGUCUCUGACGAAGACGGCGACGGCUCCGCGGAUUCUGGCGGGGGUGGCGGAGAUGUUUCGGAAGGAACGCGGAAGAAGCGCAAGGGGAAGAAGAAGAAGCGGAAAGGCCGCAAGAGCAAGAAGACUGGGAGCAAGAAAACGAGCAAGAAGGGGAAGCUUCGUCGACAGAACGCGAUGCCGCGAAGAUCCGAGGAGCUUCAGCAGGUGAUUAAGGAGGUGACGUCACAGUUGGGGGAAGACGAAGAGGGGGGGGAUCGUGUCGCGGGCAAGGCGGACGGCGAUGAGGAGACCCGCGGAGGGGGACCGGACGAGGGAAACGGCGGGGGAGACGCGGAGACGAAUGCGGAGAGCAAUGCGGAGAGGAAUGCGGAGAGGAAUGAUGAGGAGACGACUUCGCGAGCGCGAGAAAGCGAGGCGGAGGAAGGGGAAGGCGGAAGAGAGCGCGCGGAGGGCGGGGGACACGCGGAAGGCGGAGAGUUGCCGGGCGAGGCGGAGGAGAAGCGAGAGACAUCCGCGGCUGCGGAGGAGGGGGAGGAAGGGGAGGGUGAGGACGGGGGAGGCAAGCGCGGAGUUGUAGCCCCCCCUGCGGACGAUGACGAAGCGGCUGAGCGGAAGGCGGAAAAGGCGGAGGCGGCGGAAGAGGAUGGCGGAGAGGGGGAGAGCCGGGGGGAGAGCGCAGGAGGCGAGGAGGGAGAGGGGGAAGGUAAAGGGGAAGGGAAGAGGGGAGAGGAGGAUGGGGAGGGCGCGAAGGGCGAGGAGGGAGAGGAGGCGAAUAGGCCGAGGAAGGAGAGGAAGGAGGAUGAGGAAGAGGGGGAGGGGGACGGGGAGGAGCGGCGGGUGAAGAAAGAAACGGAGGGCAUUCCGGAGGCAGACGAUGCCCCGCGCGCGGACAGGGAGGAGGAUGACUUGGAAAGGGGGGAUGAUGACGUGCCGAAGCGGACGCGCGGAAGGGGAAAGGAGGGGGAGGAUGCGGAGGGCGGAGACUUGCUUGUGGGAGGCGAGGGGAAGAGGGGGAAGACGGGGGAAGAUGCGGAGGAGGGGGGAGAUGACGAGGGGGGGAAGGGAGGGGUGGAGGGUAAAGAGGGAAAGGGUGGGGAUGGUGAGGAGGAGGGUGAUAUUGGAGUGAGGGAGAAGAACGUGAGGGAGGAGGAGGGAGGGGAGGAGGAUGGAGAAGGGAAGGGGAAGGGAAGCGGCGAGGAGGGAGAGGAGGAUCGGGAGGAGAUUGAAGAGAGGAAAAGGACGAGGCAUGCGGAGGAGGAUGAGAGUGAGGAGAGGAAGGAGGGAGGGGAGGGGAUGGAGGGAGGGGAGGGGAAGGAGGGAGGGGAGGGUGAAGAAGGGGGUAGACUGCGCAGAAAGGCAGCAGGCGAUGAGGAGAGGGAGGAGGGCGAGGAGGGGAUCAGGGUACGAGAGAAGAAUGUGGAGGAAGAGGGGGAGGGGCAGGGGGAGGGAGGUGAGGAGGGAGAAGAGCGGGUGAGGAAGAGAGCGAAGGGGAAGAAAAAGAAGGGCAAGAAGGAGAGGAGAGGGAAGGAGAAGAGGGGGGAGAAGAAGAGGGGGCGGAAGGAGAGGCUUGUGGACGAGGGGGAGGAUUUAGGGGAGAGGGAGAUCAUCCAAAAGAGGGUCAGCACGGGGGAUGGUGAUGGCGGUGAUGGUGGUGGCAGCGGCGAAAGCAACGAGAUGGAGAAGUCAGAGGAGAUGGAGGACGAGAAGGAGGAGCAGGAGGGGAGGGGGGAAGGCGGGGCAGAUGCAGCGCAGGAUAACAACGCAGCAGUCGCUGACAGCGGCUCGACAAACGCUGGAGGAGGGUCUGCUACUGAUGGAGGCUCGGCCGGCGCAGCCAACACAGCCGGCGGAGCUGAUGCAACCGACUCAGGCGAUGCAGGCGACGCUGCUGCUGCUGCUGCUGCUGCAGGCGAUGCAGGCGACUCAGCUGACGCAGCAGCAGCGGGGCUGCAGGAGGAGAUGGAGGUGGCCGCAGUGACGCCCGGCCGCGACGACAUGAUCCCCGCGGGGGCACGCACCGCCGGCUCCGGUGGUGCUGCCGAUGCCCAUGGUGCCGUUGGCGGUGCAGGUGCGGGCGCGGAGCCGAUAACAGGGGCGGGGGUGGGCGGGGACGUGUUUGGGCGGGCGGGGGAGGGCGUCCAGGCGGGGGAUAUCAUCCGGGGAGGGGGGGAGGGCAGCAUGGGGACGGUGGUGAGUGAAGAGGAGAUGGAGAUUCUAAAGCACCUGCAGGAGGACGUGGCGGUGCGCAUGAGCGAGGACGAGCAGAUGGAGCUGGAGGCGGUGGCCGUGGCGGACAGUGACGCUCAGUCGUCUUACAUGGAGGGGGUCAUGGGGAUCAGGCGGAACUUCAAGCCUACGUUCAUGGGAGUGAAGGACAAGGCCAGCAAGCACGUGCUCCCCCACAUCUCCCAGAUCGCCCGCACGUCCCGCAUGGCGUUUCUCAAGACCAGCUCCACUCUGACCUCCCAAAUCACCCCCUACUUCGGCUCCUCCUCGCCGCUCCUCGCCACUGCCCUCUCUUACCUGCUGCUCCUCCUCCCUCUCGCGCUCGUCACGGCGCUCUUUGUGCGCAUGCGCGCGGCGCUCUCGCUGCGCCGCAUCGUGCACUUUGCCAACCUGUACCUCUUCCUCUACUGCCUCGUACUCCUUGUGGCAUGCUUCGUUAUAAGCGCGGAGCCCAUGGCGAGCCUGAAGAAGGUCGCGGAGCAUAACUACUUCGUGCUGCAGCUGCUGCAAGGGGCCGGCUACCUCUGCUAUCUCGCCCUCCAGGCAAGUGUUGUUCGGGCCCGGCCGAUAUAUUAUCUCUGCAGGUAAUAAGGUCACGGAGCAUAACUACUUCGUGCUGCAGCUGCUGCAAGGGGCUGGCUACCUCUGCUACCUCGCCCUCCAGGCAAGUGCUGCAUGACCCUCCCAAUACCUGUAGGGCGAGAGAGCAUAACUGCUUCAUGCUGCAGCUGCCGCAAGGGGCCAGAUACGGUACGUCUGCUACCUCGCGCUGCAGGCAAGGGCUGCGUAACCUUCGAUAUCCUGGGCGAUCAGCUUUCCUUUGCUGGAAGUGGUCAGUUUCCCUGCUGUUUUUAUGGCUUAUCUACCCUCGGAAAAGCAAUAUUUAUUAUGUCUUCCACCCCUUCCCCACUACCAGGUCCUCUCUCUCUGUGUCACCAUCCGCUCCUCGGAGCGAGGCCAUGGCAAGUUCAUUCGGCUCCGGGCGGUGCUGCAGCUGCUGGUGGCUGCGGGGGUGGGGCUGCACUCCUAUAUCACUGUCUUCGAGCGCGCCAUGCUUGACCUCCCUCCCACUGCCUCCGCCGGUGCGUAUGCUGCUUACGCAGCGUGCUUCUUCUUCCUUGUGCUUAUAUCGAGGGGACCCAAGCGGCACGAGGACAAGGACAAGUAGUGCGGUGCAGAGAUGGGUGCAAUGAUUAGGCUCCGUAGUGUUGGUAGUAGACGGAUUUCCCUUCGUCUCAUGUUUUUUUAUGGUAAUGAGAACUGACGACGCACCUGGUCUGCAAAUUGCAACCUGUCUCAGAGUGAUGCAUGCUUGAAACUUGGUGAAGCCGUAUUAGCUACUAGUGAGGCAUUUUUCUUAGCCUUGUUACCCUAAGGGUGUAGAGCUGAUGUCCGA